GUACACACGGCCACGAAACAUGGAUAUGAAAAUCCAAGUUUCAGAGAUGAAUCAUGGUAAUGAAAUGAAAGCCAAAAGCAUGAAAAUAUCAUCGUCCAGCCUCCUCCACUGUUGCAUGUGUGGAGAUUCUGGUAUCACUCGAGAGCUUUUUCGAUGCAAAGUUUGUCAUUUCAGAUCUCAACACAGAUAUUGCAGCAAUCUGUAUCCGAAAUCCUUGUCUAAUAAAGUUUGUAAUUGGUGUUUGCAUCAAAAGGAGGAUUCAAAGGAAAAGUCCCAGAAUUUAUUGAUUUCUUCAGCUUCAUGUGAAACCAAAAGCAAAGAUGAUGAUGAUGAUAACAAGAGCAAGAAAAAGGGCGAUAAUUCAAAGCCUGAGAAACUGGUAAAAAAUCUGAUAAAGAAACUGAAUUUAGAAGAGAAACUUUCGCCGAGAACGAAGCGAAAACGGAUCAUGACGAAUAAUGCUAGUCCAGAAGAAAAGCCAGAAGAGAAUGGGAUCAUUACAGGACAUGUUUUUAGAAACAAGGUAAGAAGAUAUAAGCAUUUGGACGAGGUUUCAACUUAAACUGGGGAAUAGGAUUGUCCUCAACAAGAGCUGUUUUCUUUUCUUUUCUU